AUGAAUCUAGAGACGCUACACAUCAGCCAGCAUCACAUCAGGAAUGUGGCUGCUGCCUCUGCUCUAACCGCAGCCUGCAUCUGGAUCCUCGCAACAGUUCUACGGAGAUGGAAUAUCUUUAAGCAGUCUAAGGGUCCAGUAGGAUAUAAAUAUGAGAAGACCACAAGGAAAUUUGGAGAAUGGACCCCAUCCGACUUCAAACGGCCGCCUGCUUCCCCAUACCCAGACUGGGAUGUCCACACAACGCAGCCCAUCCCCUACCGGCCAUUCCGAUAUGGACCCAAAUAUUUUAUCACAAUGGGUCUGCGAAACAUGAAAUGGGACGAAUGGAUUGAGCUCGACAACCAUUACCUACGCUACCACGCCGACAAAGCCCAGCGGAUCAAAGAACGCGGCGACAAAUGCUGCGCAACCGCCCCAGAAGCAUGGGACGCCGCAAUUGAACUCCUCGAGGAACUAGCCUCAUACCUUCCCGAACGCUACCCAACCAUGUUUCAAAAGACCCCCACCGGCCUAACAAACCUGGUCACAAACGAAACCUUCAACAUAACCCAACGCCCCCUCCCCGAAGACCCAAUGCAAACCUGCGCCCGCCUCGUCCAAGACGACCUAGCCAUCAUGAUCGAAAAGCCCGACGGCGAGUACUACCUGCUAGCAGGUGCAAUCCUCCUCGCAGGCUUCUGGCGCCUCAGCGACAAAUACGGCAUGCGCCUCUCGGACAUCCACUACUCCGGCGACGUCCCCGGCUACAAGGAGAAACUUGAAAAGGGCAUGAUAAACUUCUUCCGGCGACUGAAACCCUCUGACGCUGUCGUGCGGAAUAACUACUUCAUUCAGGUCGAUGAUAACCUCGCCUGGUCGCAUAGUAUUGGGUCCGAGGAUAGUCCGUCUGUGAGUUGGAAUACCGCGGAGAAGAAUAAGGCGAUUGAGCAUCAUUUCUUCCGGUCUGAGAGGCAGAGUUUGAGGAGGCUUCCUAGGUCUGGGGGCGUGGUGUUUACGAUUCGGACGUACUUCGAGCCGAUUACGGAAGUUGUGAAGGAAGACUACGUUCCUAGGAGGUUGGCGUCGGCGAUUAGGAGCUGGGGCGAGGAUGUUUCGAGGUAUAAGGGAAAGGAGAAGUAUGGUGAGGUGCUCUUGGAGUACUUGGAUAAGAAGCAUGAGGAGCAGGUUGCCCGGGGUUUAGAUUUGGAGAAAGAGGAUGAGGUGAGGAGUUACCCGUUGUAG